AUCAAUAUCCUGUUAUAUUGAUAUCCGCACAUGUGUACAACUGUACAUUUGUUCUAACCUCUUUCCUUUUUUCCAUAUUGUCGACAUCAAGUCGGCAGUGAAUGCUCUUUCACUUAUAAAUUUUUGAUACCAUAAUAUUGAGCAAUGGGUUUCGUGAAAGUAGUGAAAAAUAAACAAUAUUUCAAACGUUAUCAAGUUAAGUUUAAGAGGCGUCGUGAAGGUAAAACUGAUUACUAUGCUCGUAAAAGGUUAACGUCGCAAGACAAGAACAAAUACAACACUCCAAAAUAUCGUUUGGUUGUACGAUUGUCAAAUAAGGAUAUCACCUGCCAAGUAGCUUACUCUCGCAUUGAAGGUGAUAAAAUUUUAUGUGCCGCAUAUUCGCAUGAAUUGCCACGUUAUGGCAUUCAAGUUGGUUUAACCAAUUAUGCAGCUGCAUAUUGUACCGGUUUAUUGUUAGCACGUAGAUUAUUGAAGAAACUUGGUUUGGAUAAAUUAUAUACUGGAACCACUGAUGUUACUGGUGAUGAAUAUAUUGUCGAACCAGUCGAAAAUGGUCCAGCUGCUUUCAGGUGUUACCUUGAUGUUGGAUUAAGCCGAACAACAACUGGAGCUCGUAUUUUCGGUGCAAUGAAAGGAGCUGUUGAUGGUGGUUUAAAUAUUCCACAUUCAACAAAACGUUUCCCUGGCUAUGAUGCUGAAUCAAAAUCAUUCAAUGCUGAAGUACACCGUAAGCACAUUUUUGGUGUCCACGUUGCCGAAUAUAUGAAAGAAUUAGAAGAGAAUGAUCCAGAAGCAUUCAAAAAACAAUUCAGUCAGUAUAUCAAGAAAGGAAUCGCAGCUGAUCAAGUUGAAGCAUUAUACAAAAAAGCACAUGAAUUAAUUCGAGCUGAUCCAGUUGCUAAACCAGCACCCAAGAAAGAAUAUCCUAAAGAUCAUAAACAGAAACGCUGGAAUCGUGCUAAACUUACAUUAUCUGAACGUAAGAAUCGUGUUGCACAGAAGAAAGCAUCAUUUUUACAAAAAAUGGAAGUUGGUCAAGCAGAACCAUAAUUUUUUUGUAAUUAUGUUAUGUAAUUACCUAAUUUAAUAAAUUGGUAUUAUUAUAUAUAUA